UCUCUGUUGUUGCACGUGUGCUGCAAAGCAAACAACUGCAACGUUAGCAUCGUCAGUCUGAUAUUGUGUAAUCAAACACAUUUAUCAAACUUUUCAGUACAACCGUGUGUCGUAUCACUCGUAUCAGGAUAUUAAUGGCUGCGUGAAAACUCUUAUGAAAAUGAAGAAAGACCGAGCAGUGUCAGUGUAGUCCUGUGGUUUCUCCGUAUUCCAGUGUGCAGCGUCUCAGCAGAUGCCAUGAAUGAAGCAUGUUCUAUCUAAUCCAUGACAGACUCUCCAGGUGUACUGAUACGGUGUACGGGAUGAGCUCGGGAAAUAGCUGCGACAGUCUCAGCGACUCACCUAUAAGCCCGAUAAGAGUGGUGGGACCAACAGCACCCAGAAGAGGACCACCUAAAUUCAAACAGAGAAUGACAAGGCAAUUCAAAAGCAAACCUCCCAAGAAGGGAGUCAAAGGAUUUGGAGAUGAGAUCCCAGGAAUGGAUGGUCUUGGGACUGACUUCACCGUGGUGUGUCCGUGGGAAGCCUUUAGCCAUCUGGAGUUGCACGAGCUCGCCCAGUAUGGUAUUAUUUGAACUGGACAACUGGAAGAUGUGUCACCUGGACUUGUUUAGUGGACUAGACUAGUUCCACCUCUGGAUCCCAAAUGAGGGAUGCUGCAAAUGGACACUUGCACCAUUGCCUUGAAACAGUUGUAUAAACGCCAAACCACCAGCCUAUGAAUGCACAAUACAUAAUGUAGUGACUAGGAGGAAUUAGGUUUAUGAAGGUUUAUAGCAGGGAUGCCCAAACUCGGUCCUGGAGGGCCUGUGUCCUGCAGAGUUUAGCUCCAACCCCAAUUA